ACACCAAGCAUAAUGUCCGGGUUCAACCAAAUAUCCUCGCUCAAUGAAGUCGAGUUUGCCCCGUUGCACCACUAUGGACCAGUCACAGCCUUGAAAAUCUACAAAAACUACGUGUUGGCCGGGUAUGGUCCCAUCCUCAAGAUCUACCAGAUGACCCAAGGUGACUUGUUAGAUGUGGCUGAAGUGUUCUGCAAGCAGGUGUUCAGCCGCAAUAAGAUCCACCAUAUUGAAAUCACUAGCCAGGGGAGACUUUGUCUUAGUGGAGCCCGAUCAUUCAUGGUGCUUGACCUCGAGGAAGUCCUCCAAGGAAAAGGCAACUUCAAGGAGCGGGCGAUCAAUGAGUGGAUCGUUACUUGUGCAUUCUACGAGAACUGGUUGUUGAUUUUGAACUCGCAUAAUGUGGUGUACAAAGUCGACCUCGCUCUGUUUGAAUUCGACAAGGUGCACUGUCAAGAAAAGUCGAUUCUCUAUAGUGGAUCCAUCCAAGUACUUGACAACGGAACAGUAUACGUGGCCGCAGGGACAGUCAUGAGUGGAGUCAUCAUCUGGGACUUGCACUCCCGCAAGAUUGUGCACAACUUGACCGACCACGAGGGGAGUAUAUUCGGAGUCAAAGUUGACAAGACUGGAAAGUAUAUCGUGUCAUGCAGUGAUGAUCGAUCAAUCAAGUUGUAUGAUUUCGCUAGUGGUACAGUGUUGGCUACUGGAUGGGGUCAUGGCUCAAGAAUAUGGACCCUUGAGUUCUUCAAAGGAGACAAUGUGAAAAUUAUGAGUACCGGGGAAGACUGCAGUUUACGAUUAUGGCAGUAUCAAGAAGGAAACAGCCAAUUGGUGCAAUUGGAAAUGGUAGAGAAUUGUCAUAGUGGGAAGCACAUAUGGAGUGGAGACGUGGAUGAUUUAGAGUAUCAAGUUUGUGUCACUGGAGGUGCUGAUGGUAGAAUUAAAUUGCAUGAUUUGAACAAAGUAAAUAGAACAGAGUAUUCACUUCAGGAAAUUUCUAGCCAGACUGGGCUUGUAUUUGGUAAGAAGGAUUUCAUUCGUGAUUACUUUGAAUUGAAGGAUAGGUUAAUAGUGCUUAUCUCUAAUGGUGAUUUGGUUGAAUACAGUGAUAACUCUUUUAAGACCAUUGCCUUCAAUGACCAACACAAGCUCAAAGAUUUCGCUAUAGUGAAGGGGUUCUCCGAUAUCAAUAUCGUCAUUAUUGCAGCCAGAAAUGGGGAUUUGUUAAUUGCUGAUUUCACUAGUGAUCUUCCACAAUUAUCUUGGAUCCAAGAUGAAUAUCUUGGCAGUAACAAAUUGACAAAUUUGCUAGUAUACUCCACCGACAACAAGUACUACGUGCUCGUAGAUGUACCUAACCCCAACAUACCAUUCAUAUUACGAGAGUUUGACUCAUCCUUCAAUUUGGUAAAUGUCACACAAUUAUCCCAACCCAACCAAACUAGUUUCACAACCACGGACAUGGUAGUUGACUCUGUCAACAACUGGUUGGUUAUUGCUUCUAGAUACGUCACCAUUGCCGCCUAUGACUUGUCCACAACAUCCAUGGCUCUCUUUAAGAAACUUUCCCCUGGAGACACAAUCACUUCAGUGCAGAUAAUUACCAGCAAGACCAACGAACUUGCAUUGUUGAUAUUAGUCAAGGAUGGAAGCUACUUGUACACCACACUCACCUUGUCCACCACGUUCCAUCUUGAUGUCACCCACGCUAAUAAAUUAACUAAAGGAUUCAUCGAAGGAGGAUACAUCAAAUCAAACAAACUAGUGCUCUACGGGUUCAAAUCGCUGUAUUUCUACAUUUGGAACGAGACCUGCCAAUUUGAGAUCAUGAAUGAGCUCUGCGGUGGUAGCCAUCGCCAAUGGAAGCUCGCUCCUUCCAAGUUCAUCUACGUCAAGGACAAAACUACUCUUGUGAUUAGGAAUAUCGCACACAGGUUUGUCAAUGAUGGGUUAAUUCAUUUGGGCACUCACGGUAGAGAAAUCAGAGAUGUGGCUGUGUCACCUGAUGGGAAGUUGCUCGUUAGUGCUUCAGAGGAUGCUACCAUUGCAGUAAGUCAGUUGGAAGAUGGAGUCAAGGGAAUAUGGAGUAUGAACAACCAUAUCUCGGGUUUACAACGAGUUAAAUUCUUGAAUAGCGAAUAUAUGGCUAGUUCAGCUGCCAAUGAGGAAUUUAUCAUUUGGAAAGUUACCCAGAGCAAUAUUCCAUUAGUCAAGGAGUUUGUAAGAUUAAAGCCAUCCGCUGUGGAGAAUCCCGAUUUGAGAAUCAUGAACUUUGCAUCGAUAGAGCUCGAGUCUAAUGUGUUUAUUCUCGUUACGGUUUACUCCAACUCCAACAUCAAAAUAUGGAGAAUUGACUUGAAUAAAGAACACUACGGCGAUAUGGUAAAGUUAUUAGUGAACGACUUUUACACUACCUGCUGUAUCUUAAACGUGGAGUUACUCCAGAAGGAUGAUAAGACGUGGUUAAUGAUUGGUGCUACCGACGGAUAUGUCACCAUCUGGGACGUCACUUCCAAGCUCGACCCGGAAGAGCACAAGUUAGGUGCCCUGAUUAUUCAUCAACAAUUGCAUCAGAAUGGUGUCAAGGCCAUGGAGGUUUUUACACAUCAGGACGGCUACAGGUUGAUUACUGGUGGUGAUGACAACGCGUUGGUGGUUUGUGAUUUACAAGUGCCUGAUUUGAAGUUGGAUAUCGUGGGAUAUGAAGAGAGUGCUGCCUCCGCUACCAUUACUUCGAUAUCUGUUGUGGGCGAACAUAAAUUUGUCACUACUUCCGUUGAUCAAAUUGUUCGUAUAUGGGAGUAUAACGAGGGCUUGACGUGCUUAUCAGCAAGAUACACUACAAUUGCCGACACAGGAUGUUCUGCUUCUAUGGGAAGUACGAUAUACAUCGGGGGAGCCGGCUUAAGCUCGUGGAAAGUAAACAAUUUAUAAAUUCUAUAGAACAUAUAACAUAUCAUACAACUUAGAUUCUUAACAAUCUCAAAUUAAACACGGUAUCAUUAAUGGUUUGUUCUUCGUCAGCAAUGACUUGGUCUCCAGCAGCAGCUGAGAAUUCUUGAAUUGGAGUCUUGGUGGACUUGAGCAACAAUUCAGCAUUGUCAGUGACAACACUCUUCAAAUUGAUGGUGUCCUUGACCAAUUGGUACUCGACUUGAACAUCGUCAGUGGUGUUUAAUCCAACCUUCUUUCUCAAUCUUUGGAUACGGUUGAUCAACUCUCUUGCCAAACCUUCACUUUCCAAUUCAGGAUGAGAGUUGACGUCCAAGAUGACCAACACGUCUUGGAAAGUUCUGCUUUCCAAUCCCUUGGAUUCACACACAGAUUGUGGCAAUCCACGUUGAACUUGUAAAUCUUCAGUAACUAAAUCAAUGCCGUCGACAGUGAUCUUACCGGACUCGGCAAAGGCUUGCACUUCGGCUGAGGAAACCUUUGGCAAGGCUUCCUUGACUCUCUUGGCAUCCUUCUUCAACUUCUUACCCAAUACAGGCCAAUCAGCGACACAUGAGUAUUCAACACCGUACUUGGCUUCGUCAGAGGUGAUGGUGAUGGUACGUACAUUCAAUUCAUCACUGAUGUAGUCCUUCAAUCUCUCAAUGUCGUUCAAGUAUUCCUUGUCCGAAUGCAAAAUGACAAUCUCCUUCAAUGGGGUCUUGAGUGAAAUCAUCUUCUUUUCUCUAAUGUUUCUUCCUAAUUCGAUAACCUUUUGCAUUCUGGAAACAGCCAAUUCAAUUUCAGAGUCAAAAAGCUCUUGUCUGACACUAGGGUAACUCAAGAAAUGAACCGAUCUCAAAUCCUUGUGCUUUGGAUUGAUGACGAUAGAUUCUAAGGUUUCUUGCUUGAAAUAUCCCUUGAUUCUUUGAUAGAUACCAUCAGCCAAGUAUGGAGUAAAUGGUGCCAUGGCUCUAGAAAGGAUAAGCAAAGCUUCAGCCAAAGUGUUAAGACCCUUCUUGGUGUCUUCGACGUCGUCGGAAGCGUAACCCUUGAUUCUACGACGGUUGAAACGGAUGUACCAGUUGGUCAAAUCGUCAAUGAAAUGCAAUAAACGUGGAACAACAGUGUACAAUCUGUAUCCAUUCAUUUCUUCGUGGAUGAACUUGAUCAAUGAUUGGAUGGAGGCCAAUAACCAACGGUCCAUGACGUUUUCUGAGCGCAAGUCGUGGUCAUAGACAAAGUCAACUCCGUUGUCCUUCUUGAAAAUGUCAGCAGCGUCCUUCAAGAACUUGUACGAGUUGUACCAUGGCAACAUGACACUGGAGAUGAUUUCACGCACACCUUCUUCCUUAAACUUCAAAGUUUCAGCACGUAAAACAGGCGAGUUGAUCAAGUACAAACGCAAAGCGUCGGCACCAUAACGUUCCAAAACAAUCGAUGGAUCAGGGUAGUUCUUUAAUCUCUUGGACAUCUUCUUACCAUCGGCGGCCAAGACAAUACCAGUAACAAUGACGUUUUGGUAUGGGGCAGUCUUGAACAAGUGGGUACCCAAUACAGUCAAAGUGUAGAACCACCCUCUGGUUUGAUCUAAACCUUCAGAAAUGAAGUUGGCAGGGAAAGAAUUCAAGAAUUUAUCCUUGUUUUCAAAUGGAUAGUGCUUGGAGGCAUAAGGCAUGGAUCCGGAUUCGAACCAACAAUCAAACACUUCUUCGAUUCUCUUCAAGUCACCCUUGCCUUGCUUGGAUGGGAUAGUAAUGGAGUCGAUGCUUUCACGAUGGAUGUCGGUGAUAUCGUCUCUACCGGACAACUCCUUCAAUUCUUCAAUGGAACCAACACAAACAAUUUCUUCGAAAUCGUCAGAAACCCACAAUGGGAUAGGAGUACCCCAGUAUCUGUUUCUUGAAAUGUUCCAAUCACGGGCAUUGGCGAUCCAGUUGGAGAAUCUCUUGUCCUUGAUGUUGGAAGGAACCCAGUUGGUCUUUUCGACAUUGUCCAACAUUUCUGGGAUAACUUCACCAAUACGGACAAACCAAGCAGGAACGGUACGGUACAUCAAUGGAGUAUCUGAUCUCCAACAGAAUGGGUACGAGUGCUUGGCUUGGGAGUUGACCAAGAUACGGCCUUCUUCGGACAAUUUCUUGAUAAUUAACUUGUCAGCGUCUUUAAAGUAAACCCCUUGGAAAUCUGGAACGUUUGGCAACAUCUUACCAGUGUCAUCAACUACACUAGGAGGAAGCUUCUUUUCGGAAAUGACACCAUGGGCAGUAGCAGCUUGGAAAUCCUCUUCACCAUAAGAUGGAGCUUGGUGGACAAUACCAGUACCGGAAUCGUUGGUAACGUAAUCACCAGGAAUGACUUGGAAUCCCUUGUCCUUGAAUUCUUCGUAAAAGUAGUUAAACAAUGGCUUGUACUUGAGUCCAACUAACGCAGAACCCUUGAGCUUUUCAACAACCUUGUACUUGGCUGCAGCUGGCUUCUUGUAUAAACU